UGUUUAAUGUCAACAGCUAAAGCGGUUCGCUACGCCAUGUGUAGGAAAUUACAUCAAACUGCAGAAAAGUUAGCUUAAUGUUCACAUAGGAGGGUCCAGGUGGUUCACAUUUACAAUAACGUGUACAUUUAGGACGGGAGAAUACCAAAGAGAUGCAGAAUCAAAGAAUAAUGGUGUAAAAAGCGUGUCUUCGUUUAUAUAUAAUCAUGUGGAGGAUAUCUUUGUGUGCAGGCUACCGAAGCUUUGAGUGCAGGAUUGUUGGAAUAAAGGGACUCUGGGGCUCCCGUGUGGUGCGAACAUGCAGCACUCCAGCCAUACCCACAGGCCGGAUCACAGCGCUCCAGGCGGUGGAUUUAUGGAAGAAUCACUUUGCGGAGAGAGGGGUGAUGGAGCCCGACCACUCCAGCCGUCACAUCAUCGCUUACCUGCUCGGUGCUAAAACGAUAGAAAGUCUGGAGCGGCGGAAGCUCACAGAGUUUCUAAGCCCAGAAAUAACGGAGCAGAUGUGGAGCCUCUGCUCCAGACGCCUAUCCAGAAUGCCCGUGCAGUAUGUGAUCGAGGAAUGGGACUUCAGAGAUCUGACGUUGAAGAUGAGACCUCCCGUGUUCAUACCGAGGUCCGAAACCGAGGAGUUGGUUGAACUCGUGCUCACCGAUUUGGAGAUGAGGCCCGGGCCUGGAGCCGGUGUUGAGGCCCCGCAUACAUGCUUGGAAGUGGGAUGUGGCUCUGGUGCCAUCUCUCUUAGUCUGCUGAAGAGUCUACCCCAGCUUAAAGUCACCGCUCUGGAUCAAAGCCAGGAUGCAGUGGAUUUAACGGGAGAGAAUGCAAUCAGGUUGGGGCUUCAGGACAGAUUACAGGUUUACCAUUUAGAUGUAAUAAAAGAUGCAGACACUGUGUUAAGCCUUUGUCACCAUGUCUCAACUUUGGUCAGUAAUCCGCCGUACCUUUUCUCAGAAGAUAUGAACACGUUGGAACCUGAAAUAUUUCGGUUUGAAGACCAUGCUGCUUUAGAUGGAGGUACAGACGGCCUGAAAGUCAUCAAACAGAUUUUGACUCUGGCUCCUCAGAUUCUAUCAAAUCACGGACGUGUUUACUUGGAAGUGGAUCCUAGACACCCCCCGCUUAUCCGGCGGUGGGUGGAGGCGAAUGUGCAAGAGAUGUGUUAUGAAGAGACGCGGCACGACGCCAGCGGCAGGCCGCGAUUUUGCAUCCUUCGGAGAGUGAAAUCAAACAAGGACCACAAGCUGGAUCUGGAUUGAGAAACUGAGAUCCUAUUACGCUGGCUUUAGCCCGGGACGCCACGGCCUCGGCUCCCCCACCCCCACAGGGCCGCCUCGCACCUACUUCAUUGCUCAAACAUUCACCAUUUGCAGAGGCUCAGAUCCUUUUCACGUCCAUGUUGCACUUCUGGAAGCAUUUGUGAUCCCAUCACAUCCUACGCCACCAUAAAAACUGUGUGCGAGGUGGCAGGCCGAAAGCUGAAAGUAAUUACCGAGGCUUUUCUUAGAACCCUCCCUCCCAGAAUCCCCCCCCCCCCCCCCCCUUAUCCUCCCAGGAAGCAUUCAGCAGUUCUGUGAAUCCGCUGAUGAAUGGUCCUCCCCUUCGCUCGUCCACUCGCUGAGUCAGACGCAGGCUUGUAGGCAUUGUUAAGCAAAAACACACACACACACACACGAUGUGGCAUUCACUUCCUCACACCAGCCGCAUCUCUUGCUGCCCACUCACAGCUCGGCCUUUGUGUUUCAAAGGUGGUUUUGAUGCAGAAAAUGUUUCCCAACAAAUGUCACAAGAGCAAUUUAUCAUGUGACGGUGAAUAAAGAUGAUGGUGCACGGGUUUGUUCUUUUUGAGUAAUGCUGCCUGCUGAAAGGAGAAAAUAAUUUUAAGGACAGCACGCUGGACUCUAGUUGUUUGUUUUUUUUAAUAGAAAAAUGCACACAUGUCAAAGGUAGAAAAAAUGUCAUAAAAGAUGUCUCAAUGGAAUCAGUGUACUUCUUUGGAACUGUGCGUACUUCAAUAACUGAUUAUGGUAAUACGGAUAUGGAUAAUUUCCACAUCCAUCAUGAAAUAAAGGAUUACAGUACGGAAGUUUGCUCACAAGUCCUCUUCACCUCAUGUACUCCGUCGCUCAGUCCUCCACGAAUAAAGUGUGAAACCAG